GCUGAAAUGAACUUGUUUGGUGCGAAAGGAAAUACACUACACAGUCUAUAUAGAUACUCUAAUAUAUUUUGUUUUAUCUACUGCCUGGAAACUACACAUAAUGCACAGAACUUACUCCUUAAGAUCCUCCAGAGCUCCCACCAACUCUCAGCUUCAGUCUCCUCCUCCUCCUACUUCAACCACUAAAAGUGGUAGUUUGUUUGGCAAAUCGUCUCUUGGAAACACCUUUAGAAAGAAUGCUGCAGGGAAUUUUGGUCCUGAUUUAGCUAAGAAGUUGUCUCAAUUUGUUAAAAUGGAGAAGAAUGUUAUGAGAUCUAUUGAGUUGGUCGCAAGAGAACGUCGUGAAGUUGGUAAGCAAUUGUCUCUUUGGGGUGAAGAUAACGACGACGAUGUCAGUGAUGUUACAGACAAAUUGGGUGUUUUAAUCUACGAAAUUGGUGAAUUAGAAGACCAGUUCAUCGAUAAAUAUGAUCAAUACAGAUUAACAUUGAAAUCCAUCCGUAACAUCGAAGCCUCUGUUCAACCAUCAAGAGAGCGCAAACAAAAAAUCACAGAUGAAAUUGCUAAAUUGAAAUACAAAGAACCAAACUCCCCAAAGAUUCCUGUCUUGGAACAAGAAUUGGUUCGCGCUGAAGCCGAAUCCUUAGUUGCUGAAGCUCAGUUAUCCAAUAUCACUCGUGAAAAGUUAAAGGCUUCAUUCUCCUAUCAAUUUGACGCUAUGAGAGAAUUGGCUGAAAAAUAUGCCUUGAUUGCUGGUUAUGGUAAGGCAUUGUUGGAGCUAUUAGACGACUCCCCUGUUACUCCAGGUGAAACCAGACCUGCUUAUGAUGGCUACGAAGCUUCAAAACAAAUAAUUGUUGAUGCUGAAAACGCCUUGGGCAACUGGACCUUGGAUUCUGCUGCUAUAAAACCAACUUUAUCAAUGCGUACCACUACUGGCGAUGUUUACUCUUCAGAUCGCCAAAGAAUUGAUGAUGACGAUGGUGAUGUUUAUGCCAAUGAUCAAGAGUUGCUACACUCUGCUCAAGGAAACAAUUACUCUUCUCAAGGCAACACUGCUAACAACAAUUGGCCCAACGAACAUUCUGAACAGCACGAUGUUCCAACCAAUGCUAAUGGAAAUGGCACUGCCAAUCAACACAGACCUGUUGAAGUUGUUUGAUUUAUUUGAUGUGUUAAUGCCUUGAUCUAUUUUCCUGUUUUCUUUUAUUGUUUGUUUAUUUGUUUAUUUGUUUAUUUUUCUUUUUUUGUUUGUCUCUUAUUUAUCUUUAUCUCUUCUAUUUGAUGUUUCCUCUUUACUUGACGUGGGUUUUUGUUCUCUACAUGUUAUUUAGGUUAUGCCUCUCAUUAGGUUUAAUUAACUGUUAAUCGGCUUUUGCAAACUCUUUUCUCUGUAAACUGCUCAGGAAGCAAAAUCACCAAAAUCACCAAAAUCAUUAAAAACAAACUAAAAUCACGGCACUUGGACAAUCCUCGGAAGUUCAAUACCGAGGGUACUCGCGUG